AUGAGUGUGACUCUCAUAUUCGCGUCCAUCAUCAUCGUGUAUCUCCUGCACGACUUCGUGAAAAAACUCCUCGUUUGGUUCAAACUCCCACCAGGUCCAUGGGGCGUACCAUUUCUGGGCUCGGUCCCCUUUCUCUUGGGAGGGCCCCUCCACAAGAAACUGGACUCUUUGAGGAAGAAGUACGGGGACAUCGUCACCGUCAGCUUAAUGCCCUACACUGAAGCAUUCAUAAUGGAAGUGCAGCGCCUGGCGCGCCUGGUCCCACUCGGCGUGGGUCAUGCUGCCACUGAAGACGUGGAAUUCGGCGGAUACCGAUUUCCCAAGGGGACGGUGUUCAUGGCGAACAUAUGGUCUUGUCACUCGGAUCCCAAUUACUGGCCGGACCCAGAAAAGUUUGAUCCUGGAAGAUUUCUCAAUUCCGACGGAUCUUUGAAGACCAAAGUUCCCAGCUUUCUCCCUUUUGCUCUUGGGAAGCGUCAAUGUCUGGGUGAAUCCUUGGCACGCAUGGAGCUUUUCUUGUUCGUGACCAUCUUCAUGCAAAAACUCACAUUUCUGACUACGACGGGACAUCCUCAUCCAAAAGCCGAGAGCGUCGACAGCUUCAUCAUCAAUUCUCCCAAGCCUUUCCAAUUCCUCGUCGAGGAGAGAAAGUAGUAGAAUGGGAAUGAUUGAUAUGCAACACGCAGGAAUAAGAUUGAUGUUCAAUACUUCUUUGCAAUCAACUCAUUUCGUGGAAAUCACGAUUGAUUGAUUUCUAUGUUCGAAAUCAUUGGUAUUAUACUCGCGGAUACAG